CCCCGGCGGAGCGCGGCCGCCCCCCAGCCCCCGCCUCCCGCCCCAUAAAAGCGGCGGCCGGGGCCUGCGGGCGCACGGCUGGCAGCAGGCAUGUCGUCUGUCAGGGUGGAGUGUGUGGUGAGCGGCGGCUACGGCAUCGGCGAGUCCCCGGUGUGGGACGAGAGGGAGAGCGCGCUGCUCUGCGUCGACAUCCCGGGCCGGAGGGUUUGCCGCUGGAGCCCCGGCAGCGGGCAGGUGCAGGCGGUCCCCCUGGAUGCCCCUGUGAGCUCCGUGGCUCUUCGGAAAUCGGGGGAUUAUGUCAUCACGCUGGGAACCAGGUUCGCUGCUUUGAAUUGGAAGGAGCAGGUGGUAACCACCAUCACUCACGUGGACAAGGAUAAACCAAACAACCGAUUCAACGAUGGGAAGGUGGAUCCUGCGGGGAGGUAUUUCGCAGGUACGAUGGCUGAGGAGAUUCGACCUGCUGUGCUGGAAAGAAACCAAGGCUCUCUGUAUACACUUUGCCCCGACCUCUCUGUAGUGAAGCACUUUGAUCAGGUGGACAUUUCUAACGGGCUGGACUGGUCGCUGGAUCACAAAACCUUCUUUUACAUUGACAGCUUGUCCUACUCAGUGGAUGCCUUUGAUUAUGAUCUCCAAACUGGAAAAAUUGGCAACCGUAGGAGUAUAUACAAACUGGAAAAAGAGGAGAGCAUUCCGGAUGGGAUGUGUAUUGAUACGGAAGGCAAACUCUGGGUAGCUUGCUACAAUGGUGGGAGAGUGAUUCGUCUUGACCCUGAGACGGGAAAAAGAAUCCAGACUGUGAAGCUUCCUGUUGACAAGACAACUUCCUGCUGCUUCGGAGGGAAGGAUUAUUCAGAAAUGUAUGUGACUUCUGCCCGUGACGGGAUGGAUAAAGAGUGGCUUUCACGACAGCCGCAGGCUGGUGGGAUUUUCAAGAUAACUGGGCUAGGGGUGAAAGGAAUCCCACCGUAUCCAUUUGCAGGUUAAAUGCACACUCUUCAGAAUGGAGUCCAGAAGACUGACUUAAGGAAGACAAAUCAGAAGGUCUUAUGUGGGUGUUCAGCGUCUUUUGCUUUGAAACCGUGACACGAUUACAGUAUCUCAUCAGGAAAGGAUGAAAAACUAAUGAAAUACAUGGAAUGUUUUUAAACUGAUUUUUUUUUUACCCUUUAAACUCUAUUACUUUAAAUAUCUGAUGGUGUUUUUUCCAUUGUGAUAAAAAUGAAAAAAACAUUCGCCCUAAUAAACUAUUGAAUAUUCUGAGUUUCUUCUCUAAUGACAUAAUUUGUUUCACUAUCUUUUCUUUUUAUUGUUUAUUCUCCUGUCUCAUUUGCAAUUAUAGUGUAUUGAUUUAUUCAUUAAGCUA